ACACACAGUUACGGCAGUUUAGUCUACAUGGCUUCACAAAUAGCGUCGGGCCUGGUUUAUCUGCACGACAAGAACAUCAUUCACGGUGCACUUUCUUGCAAAAAAUGUCUUCUAGGUCCUAAUUUUCUAGUCAAAAUUGCGGAAUUUUCGCCGGCGCCCAAAGCUACUGCGACAACAACGGAAAAAAUUUUGAUGAGGUUACAACACGAUUCAAGACCUCUGAGAUGGAUGGCAAUGGAAGCCGCCGUCAUGAACGAACACAGCGAAAAAAGCGACAUCUGGUCAUUUUCCACGACUCUCUGGGAACUCCUGACCUUAGCUCGUGACCUUCCGUAUUCGUCCUUGACUGAUCAGCAAGUGGUCGAACGAUACAACCUAAAUGACGAAAAUCGGAAACAGAUAAUGACGUCACCGAUGACGCUGAGCAGACCAGUGAUGUGCUCUAGCGAGAUGUACGACUUGAUGGUUGAGUGUUGGUCGAUCGAUCGUAGCAAGAGGCCAAACGCCAGAGACGUCUGCGCGUUUUUGUGUCAAAAGGUAGCCGGCUUCAGGCCGUCUGGUGUGGCUCUUGACGCAGUUGUGGCUGGUUUCGGUUGUAGUAGUGGUGGCAGUGGUAGCGGUGAUGUUGUUGAUCUGCUGGUUUGA